AAUAUAAUAACAGAUGAGAUGAUGAACUCCAAUUACCUAUUAACUACUUCAGUGGCGUUUCAUUUGUGAUGAAGACUAAUUUCUCUUAUGCGUAUUUACGUAUCCAGUUCCAAACUAUCUAGUUUCAAAUGGUUACAAUUGUAUUUUAGAGGUCGGUAUCGCGUACGAUGAUAACCACGACGAGCCGUCUCACACCAGGUGCAGAUGAACAGCAACCGAUUGCGCGGACAGCACUCGAUCGCAACGGUUACCGACAGACGACCAGUUGCGCCGGCUACKACCACGUUGUUGACGCAAUGCCGCCGCGCUGAUUUCGGGAUCGGAGUCGGAUGCGGCGACGCCGUACGUCUACGCACUGACGCCGGCCGGACGGUUUUACUCGACUGCCGAGUCGACGCCGAACAUCAACUCCCGGACGCCGCAAUGGCCGCGUCCGUAGCGUUGCCCGAACGGUACCGUCAACCGACGGCCACGGUACCGGCCGCCGCCCAUCAUCAGGCGACUGCGAUGACGGCCGACGGUGACCGCUCACAGCACCGCCGUCACUACCAAAACGGUUACCGGCCGCAUCACGCCAAGUACAACAGCGUGUCUGCCGGUAGCGCGCUGUCCAAGUCCAUGCGGUAUGCCGACGGUUGGCUGUACGAACGAGACGCCGGCGCGGGAGGCGCAGGCACGGUUGGCCGCCAAGGGUCUGCGGGCGGCCGGAACAGGUCGCGCAGCACGUUCCUGGGCCGCGAGCACUUUGGUACGGUCGCGGCUGCCGCCGUGGCCGUGGCCGCCGCAGCAGCCACUGUGCAAGUCGCGCCGUCGUCCGAAGACCCGUACGACUGUGUCCGCAGGAACCGGAUGGCCACUUCGGCCACCACAACCGGGAAACUAGACCGGAAACGGAACCGCAGCGGUUCGCCGAGGACGCCGUCRCCCGAUUAUGACUAUACGGGUGCUGACGGUCGCGUCGUCUCGUCGUCGCGUCGGUCGAUACUCGAGUGCAACGUCAACCCGUACGAUCUGUUGCAGCAAACUUCCGACAAUGACGACACCGACGACGGUGUGGUCGACGGAGACUGUCCCAAGCGGAUGUCGCUCAAAGAUAAGUUCAUGAACCGCAUACAGGACACUGUGUUUGCCAAGAACAAGGCGAGCGUCGGCGGUUUUGGAUCGUUUACGUCAAACGGUAUGGCCAAAAAGAAUCCGAUGGAACGAAGCGCAGUAGGAGGUGUCAACAUAGCCGGACACACGGUAAGCGCAGAUGCCCAAUUGGAAUUUAACUGUUUAAAUCGUUACUCGUCUGCAAAGGAAUUUCGAAGAAAGGGAGAGGAGGUGAAUGUCCUGUAGUCUUUGUAUAUUUUC